AUGUCUCAAUACACUGAUAUCGAUCGUUUAGCCGUUAGCACGAUCAGAUUGUUAGCAGUCGACCAAGUCUCUGCUGCCAACUCUGGUCAUCCAGGUGCCCCAUUGGGUUUGGCUCCAGCUGCCCAUGUGAUCUGGAAGCAAAUGAGAUUGAAUCCUAAGAAUCCAGAAUGGAUCAACCGUGACAGAUUUGUCUUGUCCAACGGUCAUGCCUGUGCAUUGUUGUACUCUUUGUUACACUUGUUCGGUUACGACAUGUCCAUCGAAGAUUUGAAGCAUUUCAGACAUCUGGGUUCUAAGACCCCUGGUCACCCAGAAUUUGAAUUGCCGGGUGUUGAAGUUACUACCGGUCCAUUGGGUCAAGGUAUCUCUAACGCUGUUGGUAUGGCUAUUGCUCAAGCCAACUUCGCUGCCACUUACAACAAGCCAGAUUACGAAUUGUCUGAUUCUUACACUUACGUUUUCUUGGGUGACGGUUGUUUGCAAGAAGGUGUUUCUUCUGAAGCCUCUUCUUUGGCAGGUCAUUUGAGGUUGAAGAACUUGAUUGCCUUCUAUGAUGAUAACCAAAUUACCAUCGAUGGUAACAUCAACGUUUCUUUCGAUGAAGACGUUAGCAAGAGAUACGAAGCCUACGGUUGGGAAGUCUUGCACGUCGAAAACGGUAACGACGAUUUGGAUGCUAUCAGUAAAGCUUUGGAACAAGCUAAGCUUUCUGAUAGACCAACUUUGAUCAAGUUGACCACCACUAUCGGUUUCGGUUCUCUGAAUGCUGGUUCUCACUCCGUUCACGGUGCCCCAUUGAAGGCUGAUGAUGUCAAGCAAUUGAAGGUCAAAUUCGGUUUCAACCCAGAAGAAUCCUUCGUUGUUCCACAAGAAGUUUACGAUCUUUACAACAAAUCCACCAUCGAACCAGGUAUCGAAGCCAACAAGCAAUGGGAUGCUUUAUUGGACGCUUACGUUGGCCAGUUCCCAGAAUUAGGUGCUGAAGUCAAGAGAAGAUUAGCAGGUGAAUUCCCAGAAGGUUGGGAAUCCAAGUUGCCAACUUACACCCCAGAAGACUCUGCCGUCGCCUCCAGAAAGUUGUCUGAAAUCGUUUUGGAUAACGUUUUCGACACUUUGCCAGAAUUGUUGGGUGGUUCCGCUGAUUUGACCCCAUCCAACUUGACCAGAUCUAAGGGUGCCGUUGACUUCCAACCUCCAAUCACUGGUCUAGGUGAUUACUCCGGUAGAUACAUCAGAUACGGUGUUCGUGAACAUGGUAUGGGUGCUAUCAUGAACGGUAUCUCUGCCUUUGGUGCUAACUACAGACCAUACGGUGGUACCUUCUUGAACUUCGUUUCUUACGCUUCCGGUGCAGUCAGAUUGUCCGCUUUGUCCGGACACCCAGUCAUCUGGGUCGCCACUCACGACUCUAUCGGUUUGGGUGAAGAUGGUCCAACCCAUCAACCUAUCGAAACCUUGGCUCACUUCAGAGCUAUUCCAAACCUACAAGUAUGGAGACCAGCCGAUGGUAACGAAGUCACUGCUGCUUACAAGGUCGCUUUGACUAACAAACACACUCCAGCUAUCAUUGCUCUCUCCAGACAAAACUUGCCACAAUUGCAAGGUUCUUCCGUUGAAAAGGCUGUCAAGGGUGGUUACAUUUUGCAAGAUGUUGACCAACCAGACCUUGCCAUUGUUUCUACUGGUUCUGAAGUUGGUAUUGCCGUUGAAGCUGCUAAGGUCUUGGCUGAAAAGAACAUUAAGGCACGUAUCGUCUCUCUACCAGACUUCCACAGCUUCGGUCAACAAUCAAAGGAAUACCAAUUGUCUGUUUUCCCAGAUGGUGUUCCAAUCCUAUCCGUCGAAGUCUUGGCUACUUCCGGAUGGUCUAAAUACGCUCACCAAUCUUUCGGUUUGGACAGAUUCGGUGCUUCUGGUAAGGGUCCAGCUGUUUACGAAAAGUUCGAAUUCACUCCUCAAGGUAUUGCUACCAGAGCUGAAAAGACUGUUGAAUUCUACAAGGGUAAGCAAGUCAUUUCUCCACUGAACACUGCUUUCUAA